ACAGCACACCGUAGCACAGGACCUCCGCAACAUGCGUUCCUUUGCCUUAAUUCUUGUCUUUGUUGAACUAGUUUACAGCAGACAUACACAAAUCGAAUACUGCGGAACCCGGUCAAAAGCAACGAUCGAAUAUGUGGAUAUUAACCCGUGCGAUGAUGACCCCUGCGUACUCAAGAGAGGGGAACCAACGCAUUUUUCGAUAAGUGUCACCCCAAAAGUCAACAGCAAGACAGUAACCUUGGAUGCCCGCUACUUAGUUUGGUGGUGGUUCAGCCUGCCGGUUCCCGACUUGGAAACGGAUCUCUGCAAAUUGAUCAGCUGUCCUGUCGUAGCAGGACAGACCUACAAAGUUUCCCAGCACUUCACAAUAAGUUCGUCGAUUCCCCGAUUCUCGACGACUCUAACCGUCAAGGUCAUCGGCGACGACGGACAAAUCGUAUGCUUCACUACGGACGCAACCAUAUAACCUAAUUUUAAAAAUAUGUACAAAUGAGAUAUUUUAAUAAAUCGAGGCACGCA